AGAGAAUCUUCCUGUUUACCUGCUGCUCGGCGUUCUGGGACUAGAGCUUCUCGUCUCUAUGCCUUGUCUACUCAUCUACACAGUGUAUUUUCUGGAUGUCUAAACAUUUAAUAGAAGAGGAAGAAGGAGGACAUAGUUGGAGAGGGAUGGACAGGAGGAGAUGGAGGAAGAGAGGAAGGAGGAGGACAUAGUUGGAGAGGGAUGGACAGGAGGAGAUGGAGGAAGAGAGGAGGAGGAGAUGGGUGUCAGCUACUGUAGAUGAGAUAAGAGAUACAUUAAAUGGGCCUUAUCCUGGCCACAGGCUACACAACACACAAACACAGGCUACACACCCCCCACCAUAUACACACACACAGGCUACACACCAUACACACAAACCACACACACAAACAACACACAAAACACACACACAACACACACAGGCUACAUGCCACACAUGCAGUGCAUUAAAUGUCAGAUUAGUUCUGUGACCAAAUGAGAGCGACGCCUCACAGCUCAAAACACACACACACUCUCUAGUGACUAGUGUUGUUUGUGUGUGGAUCAAUGCCUGUAGCUAUGAGGAAGGCCUGUUUAGCAGUCUUUGAAGUGCAUUACAUACUUGUGUGUGUGUGUGUUUGUUUCUCUCUCAUUAUAAAGUGAAUCCAGUUCUAAGAGAUCAAAGGGCUCUGCCACACACACACACACACACACACAAUGUCAUGGAUCGCAGCACUUUGCAUUGGAUCUGCUGCUGAGGUUGGCUGUGUGUCUGUUUUACUCUCUAAAGAUUUGGAAGAUGUGGCUAGAGUCAGUGUUAGAGAAGAUGUGGCUAGAGUCACUGUUAGAGAAGAUGUGGCUAGAGUCAGUGUUAGAGAAGAUGUGGCUAGAGUCAGUGUUAGAGAAGAUGUGGCUAGAGUCAGUGUUAGAGAAGAUGUGGCUAGAGUCAGUGUUAGAGAAUAUGUGGCUAGAGUCAGUGUUAGAAAAGGUGUGGCUGGAGUCAGUGUUAGAAAAGAUGUGGACUUUGAAUGCUUUGAAUGUGUGUGUGACAGCUAUUAGCGGGACAUUAACACCUUUGGUUUAUCAUAGACUUAUUAAAGACAGAUAGCGUUAGCAUGCCUAGCAUCAAACCUACUGACUCCUUGAUGCUAGCUGAUGACUUGAUGCUAGCUGAUGACUUGAUGCUAGCUGAUGACUUGAUGCUAGCUGAUGACUUGAUGCUAGCUGAUGACUUGAUGCUAGCUGAUGACUUGAUGCCAGCUGAUGACUUGAUGCUAGCUGAUGAUAACUGCCUGGCAUUAAUGGGUCACCUGCACCACCUUUAAAAUCAGUAUUCCCAUUUGACCUGCACUGUUGCACCAUUUUUACCAUAGGUAUGGCUAGCAUUUUGCCUAUUGACCUGCAAGGUAAAACCACCUUUAGCAUUAGCAUGGCUAACAUAAUGUCCAUUGACCUGCAUGUUUUAGCAUUGCUAUUUCUUGAUAUUUGGUUUGGUCUGACUGUGUUGCGUUUCUAAGACUCUGUGGGGUCUCUUAGGUUUUGUGAACAGAACGCCAAAACCAGCUGGCUCUCAAGAUGUAUUACUCUUCAGACCAUAUAUGUGGGCUUUGUUAUGGAAGAUUUGGGAAUUAAUUAUAUCUGUGCCAAAAAGUUCCCAGGGGGUGAUGAAUCUGGUCAGGAACAGUUCCCAGACAGUGAUGAAUCUGGUCAGGAACAGUUCCCAGACAGUGAUGAAGCUGGUCAGGAACAGUUCCCAGACAGUGGUGAAUCUGGUCAGGAACAGUUCCCAGACAGUGAUGAAGCUGGUCAGGAACAGUUCCCAGACAGUGAUGAAGCUGGUCAGGAACAGUUCCCAGACAGUGAUGAAGCUGGUCAGGAACAGUUCCCAGACAGUGAUGAAGCUGGUCAGGAACAGUUCCCAGACAGUGAUGAAGCUGGUCAGGAACAGUUCCCAGACAGUGAUGAAGCUGGUCAGGAACAGUUCCCAGACAGUGAUGAAGCUGGUCAGGAACAGUUCCCAGACAGUGAUGAAGCUGGUCAGGAACAGUUCCCAGACAGUGAUGAAGCUGGUCAGGAACAGUUCCCAGACAGUGAUGAAGCUGGUCAGGAACAGUUCCCAGACAGUGAUGAAGCUGGUCAGGAACAGUUCCCAGACAGUGAUGAAGCUGGUCAGGAACAGUUCCCAGACAGUGAUGAAGCUGGUCAGGAACAGUUCCCAGACAGUGAUGAAGCUGGUCAGGAACAGUUCCCAGACAGUGAUGAAGCUGGUCAGGAACAGUUCCCAGACAGUGAUGAAGCUGGUCAGGAACAGUUCCCAGACAGUGAUGAAGUGAUGAAGGAACAGUUCCCAGGGUACUCUGGAUGGUGCAGUGGUAUUCGGGGUGGUCCCAGGGCCACUUGAAGUAGCUGGGCUGUUUUCUUUACACCACUGGUUAUCAGAACACAGAGGAGCGGUAAACUACUGUCACUGUGGAUUGUAUUUUUUAAUUAAAGACAGACAUUCCACAACUAUAAGUGUAUGCGCACACACACACACAUAUACACACACACACACAUAUACACACACACACACAUAUACACAUACACACAUAUACACGCACACACACACACACACACACAGCAAUGCUUGAGAAAUACUUCACAUUCCUGGAUAACGACCCCUAGUUGUGUGUGUGUUUAGGGUAAAGAUACCACUGUCUUUAGAACCUUACUGUCAAUUUCCUCUACCUAAUGGCAGAAACGAUCUUAUCAACACACACACACACACACACACACACUGGUAUCUGGAGUUUACUCAUAUAAUCUCUCUCUCCAACCCUACUGCUCAUUCAACUAGUGUAAAUCACACACACACAAACCCCAUCCCUUCCCCUGUGUGACGGUGUGUGUGUGCGUUGUGUAAAGGUAUGUGCGUUGUGUGAAGGUCUGUGUGUGU